AUGCCCGACACGAGCUCUUCGAUGCGCUCCAGCUCACACGACAACGACACAGUAUCGAAAAUACGUGAAAUCGGGGGCAAAAUAGAGGACACAAUCGAUAUAUAUUCCCAACCACUUCGUCCUCAGUUGCCUGCGAUUGGUCGCUUUUUAAUUGUUGUAACUUUCUUGGAGGAUGCGUUGCGGAUUAUGACUCAGUGGGGUGAUCAGGUCUGGUACCUGCAAAAACACCGUGGCUUCCCUUGGGGAAUUAGCCAUUUCUUCCUUAUCUUUAACAUCAUUACCAUGAUUGCAGGGUCCGGAGCGAUCAUUGCACGACGCUACUCUGAAAUUGCUGUUGCGGGAUUGUUAGGCGUAGUGAUCAUCCAAGGAUUUGGUUAUGGUCUUAUCUUUGACCUCAACUUUUUCCUCCGCAACCUCUCCGUCAUCGGUGGUCUCAUCAUGGUCUUCAGUGAUACCAUGCAAUCGUCCAAGAAACGAUUCGCCGGACUUCCAUCUCUGAGUGAAAAUGACAGGCGCAUGUACUUCCAAUUGGCCGGCCGUGUGCUCCUGAUCUUCCUUUUCAUCGGAUUCGCGCUCAGUGGUGAAUGGACCACUGCUCGCGCAAUUGUGUCUUGCUUGGGUCUUGUGGCAGGUGGAAUGGUUGCAGUUGGCUUCAAGGCCAAGUGGUCCGCAAGCUUCUUGGUCAUUCUUCUCUCAGUUUUCAACGUGUUCAUCAACAACUGGUGGAGUGUCCACGCCGCGCACCCUCAACGUGAUUUCUUAAAGUACGACUUUUUCCAGACCUUGUCGAUCGUUGGUGGUUUAUUGCUGCUCGUCAACAUGGGACCUGGCGGCAUGUCUAUUGAUGAAAAGAAGAAGAACUACUAA